GCAUGAAUAUGCACACACGCAGAGCUGGGCCGAGCAGUCGACACUCGAUCAGUCGACGACAGUCGACACCGUGCCACCGCAAAGUAUGCACGUUUUUUUCUCGCAUCUCGCGCUGAUCGCUCGCUGCACUUUUUCGCAGCUCGCUGUACGAGAUACUGCAUGUGCAUAUAUGUAUAUCGUAUCAACGGUGAACAAUAGUUGGCGUCAAUCUCGCACGCGCGCGACUCGCUUCGUUAAAAAGUCCGGAGGAAGUCUCGACGAGUCCUAUUGAAAAAGACCUGCGGCUAUAAUAUAAGCUCUGCCACUGUCGGACAAAGAUAAACCACGAACGCGGCGGGUUUUUGAUAGAAUAUGCAACGACAAUCCGACCGAGCAUUGCCAUCCAUAAUCAACAGUAGUGUACGAGCGAUCCUGACCUUUCAUCACCUGACAAAUGAAUUUGUUCCAAGAUGAAGUAAAUGGACAACUUGCGAAUGACUCUUACUUCUCUCUGCAGACAAGAUGGACAGAAAUCGAUUACUACCAAUAGCACUGCCAGCUGCCAGAAAUGCAAAUGGCCACAAUGGCAAUUCCAAAGGCAAAUCGUCAUUUGCAAAAAGGAUGGCAGUUGGUUUUAUAAUUUUAGCUUGCCUUGGAUUACUGUAUGUUCCAGCAUAUCACUCUGCACAAGGUCAAUUCACAGGUUUAGGUGAGACUCCGUCCCCAGUGGGAUCUUUGGGAGGUACACGCUUCAUGUCCUCUGUAGCUCAGUUACGAGGCUGGGGUUUCAACACAUCAAGAGAUGUGGGUACUUACAUUCAUCCAGAAAAUUCAACUAUCAUUCUAAAUCCAAAAAGUAUUUGUAGCGAAGCAACAUAUUUGCUCAUUGUUGUAUGUUCAGCAGUGUCAAAUAUAAAUGCUCGAACUGCCAUUAGAAACACUUGGGCAAACAAGACACAUUUGGAAACACAGUACAAUUCUUCAGUAAAAGUAGUUUUUCUCUUAGGAAUAAGCAAUAAUGAUACUCUUAAUGGUAAUGUGGUAGAAGAGAGUCACUUAUAUAACGAUGUUAUCCAAGAAAGCUUUCAUGAUACAUACAACAACUUAACGUUAAAAUCGGCCAUGAUGUUGAAGUGGUCACUACAUUAUUGCAAUAAUACCACGUACCUCAUGAAAACCGAUGAUGACAUGUUUGUUAACGUGCCGUCUCUCGUAAAAGCUUUGAAAAGGCGAGUUAAAAGCAAUGGAACUUUAAUUGGGUCUUUGAUUUGUAACGCGAGACCUAUCACAGAUCCUAGAAAUAAAUGGUAUUCGCCUAAAUAUAUGUACUCGGAGCGGACAUACCCUAACUACCUGUCAGGCACGGGUUACGUUAUGAGUAUAGACGUAGCAGAUCGUUUAUACAAAUCUGCUCUGAUGACGCCUUUGUUACACCUUGAAGAUGUAUAUAUAACAGGUGUAUGUGCGAAACGGGCUGGCGUAAGACCUGUCAAUCAUUAUGGCUUCAGUUAUGUGCCUCGCAAGCUCGACGUGUGUUCGUUGCGUGAAUCCAUUACAGCUCACAAAAUCAAUGCAACUAGUAUGUACACGGCUUGGAAUAAAAUAAACGAUCCUUCAUCGGUUAACUGUCUUCAUCGUAGUGCAGCUGAAAAAAAAGCGGCCACAGCCAGUCGUUUGGGAAGGCACAUCGGUAUGUUCAUUGUCAAAAGUCGCAUUCUCAGUAAUAGGUGCACUUGAAUUUACCAACUAAAAAGAAAAAAAUGGACAUAAUUUAUAUUUUAAAACCGAUUAUACAGGGAAAAAACUUUUUUAUUAGGCUUUGUAAAUGACGAAGAUGACGCUUCUUUAAGAGUGAUAACGUAUGUUUUGCUGUAUUACUCCUGUUGGGUAUUGUGUAGAAAGUUAUGUGAGUGUGUGCAAUUGAAAUUAGAGAGGUCAAUAACAUUUGACACAAUUUUGAUAUUAAGAAAACUUUGUAUUUUGAUAUUAUUACGUUAACUAUUAAGAUGUACAAUUUUUAAGCUUUUUUUUACGAGUCUUUAUUUCCGUAUUUUAUUACAAAUAGUUUAAAUUCAGUGAUUUUAGUAUAAUUUGAUACCAUAUCUGUGUUAUAUGAUAUUUACGUACUGUGUUGAUGUAACUUUUUUUUUACUUAAAGUAUCGGUAAUACAUUUAUAUUUUUCAUAAAAUAUUGUUCCUACAUGUAGGAUUUUACCUUACAAAUUGAAAUAAUUUUUAGUGUUAGAUAGAAUACAUUUUAUAUUGGAAUAAGAGUAAGGAGAUGUACAAAAAGCAAGGAAACCGUUAAUUUAUUAAUAGAAUUGAAUCGUAAUAAGUUAACAAUCUUAUAAAAAGGCGAAAGUUUUACCACGAAAAAUGAGUCAUUGUUUACUUCCAAAGAUCAUAGUAAAGAUAGAUAUUAAGAAACAAUGCGUCCUUGUAAGUGCUUUGAAAAUAUUUCAAAUUAUUUUAAUAUGUAAAUAUAAACUGUCUUGAUUUUGAAUCAAAUUUUAUUCCAACAAUAUUAGAACAAAGUAAUUGUUUAAGUAUUGAAAAUAGGAAUUGCUACAUUUACUAAUUGUUUUUAUAAUUUUUUAUUUUUUUUUAAUAGUUAUUAUUUUGAUAACAUGAAAAUGUUUACAAAUUUUAGAUUAAAAAAAUUUUUGAAUACCAAAAAUGUAUUGGUGUCAAUGUGAUGAGUAAUUGAUUUUUAAUGUAAAAAAUGCAUAGAAUUCUAUGAAAUACCUUUAACUCACAAUUGACCAAGUAAUAUCCAUUUUUUAAAUUAAUGUCCGUUUACUUAUUAUGAUUAUUUCGUAGUUCUAUACAUGUUUGCAUUCCAAUUAAUUAUUUUUGUUCAGGAUAUGCGAGUGAUUGAAAAUUGUUAAAGUGAAAUAAAUUCAAGUGAACAAAAAUUAAGGCUGCUAUGUUAUAAAAAAUGCAGAGUUUAAAUUAUAAAGUAAAUGUAAAAUUUAGGUUGAUUGUUAAACAAAUUGCGAUGCUUUAUAAACAGAAUUUUUUUGUUUAAAAUAACUUCGAUAAAGAACAUUCAAUUGAAAUAUUUUUUUAUUAUCAUUUAGUUAAAUAUAGAUAAAAUUUUAUAAAUACUUAAAUACGUAAAAUGAAAUUCUAUGAGAACUGAACUUACAUUACUGUAGCAAUGAUGAAAAUAAUUGAAAAAUGCUUCCAUGUUCAUGUGACACUUGUUAAAAUUGUAUGAUUAGCUGAGUCAAUUCAUUCACAAUAAAAAUUGUCAUUAGAUAAGGUUUUCCAAGUCCAGUGUAAUAAUUGUUUAUCACCAAAGAGACUUGCAACUUAGAUAGAAACUAAGCAAACAUACAUUUGUAAAUAGUCAAAACCUAAUGGAUAGGUUGAGAUCUAGUUUAAGUUGACACCAAAUCCAGGUUCAAAAAAAAUUUUCAAACAAGUAUUCUGAGAUACCACUUAAUAUUUCUCUACAAAAUGAAUGUCUAAAUUUUGUUAUUUUCUAGACAUUUAAAUAGCUUUUGAAAAAAAUAUUAAAUGAAUAUCUCAGAAAGCGUGUUUGAAAAUUUUCAUUUUGGCCUGACUUUGAUAUCUCCUUGAUAGUUUUUCAUGAUCAGACAGAGGAAAUGCUUAACUUAAUAAGACUAAAGUAUUGAAUUCAAAUAUUCAUUUGAGUUAUUUUUAAAAAUAUCCCAAAAAAGUUUCAAAUUAAAGUUCAAUAAUUCAAUAAUUGUUCUUAAAAUUUCAAAAUCUUACAUAUUAUUGAAGAAUUUUAUUUAAUUUAAAGUAAAUUUUACAUUCGAUUAAAUCUUAUAAGAUAAUUGAGUUAAAUUGAACUAAAAUCUUUUGAAUAUGUGAAUGUAUGCAUGAAGUUUAAACAAAGUUUUUUUGUAGUAAAUUUAUAUAUAUAUAUGUAGUAUAUAGUUGAAUACAUAAUAGGGGGCCUUAGAUAAUGUACUUUGAAUGAGUUGUAAAAAUAAUAAAUAUGAAUAGAUUAUUAUGAUAUUCACUAUCCACGUUUAACAACAUGCUAUUAUUUUUUUGAUUACUGAAAUAUUAGUCAGCUGUAAUUUAAAUGUGUACACAGCGUGAAUUUGCGAUUGAAGUGUUCCAAAAUUUUAAAAUAACUAAAUUUCAAGCUUUAUUAAUAACAAAACUCUAAAUUUUAUAACAACGUUAUUUAGAAGUUACAGAUAACUAUUUUUUGUACCAAGUUGCAAAUGAAACUUGUUUUAUUCGUUGAAAUGAAUAGAGCUAAUUAUGAUUCCAAAAUUAGUGUAUGGUUUGUUGUACAUUUAAUGCAUGAAUCUUAAAUUUUGAAAUAUACAAAGAUUGUUUUCUUGUGCACAAAAAGAAAUUUCACAGGACAAUACUUUCCAAUUAUAAUUAAGUUUAAUGAAAUAUUGUGAAUUGUUACAAAUGUUUUACUAAUAACUUUUUUUUUCAAAAAACAAAAAAUAAGAGAAAAUAAAAAAAUACAUACUGAAAUAAACAUUUU